GACCUGGUAAAAUCAGUCAGUGAAACUGAGAGCUGACCCAAUUCAUCUGUUCAAAAAAUUAUCUCAUUGCACCAAACAAUAUCGGAUUUUAUACUGGAUCCCUGUCUUCUGAUCUGGCUUCUCUUUAAAUUUUUCACGGAAAGAGACUCUGUCCUCUCCAUGUUUCGUCCUCUGGUUUCUCUGUUUCACCUGUCAUGAAGGGUACUAAUCUGCAAGAGGAGUGGGUCGAUAAACAUGUCCGUCGCACCAGUUGAGAGUAUGGCAUCAUUGAGCAGUGAUAUCUUCUAUGAUAUACUGAGGCGUCUUGAUGGUCCAACUUUGGCUUGUGCUGCAUGUGCUUGUGCAGCAUUUUGUUCAAUAUCGAAAGAAGAGAGAUUGUGGGAAAAUGUUUGUUCUUCCAUGUGGCCUUCGACUAACAGGGAGGAUGUCAAAAGUUUGAUAUCCAUGAUUGGUGGAUUCAGAAAGUUCUAUGGAGAUUGUUUUCCUCUUAUUGUUAACAAGGAAGUUUCGGAGUACCGUUGUAAUGAUUUUGUUGAAUAUCCUAAUGAUUGGACCGAAGCUGAGUACUAUGGUGAAAUGGAUGAAUCAGAGAGUAUUUCACCCUCAGAUUUUGUGUCUAUCGUGGACAUCAGGUAUAAAGAUAAACCAAUCUGUUCAAAAGUCCUCUGGGGUCUUCCUAAUGCAAAUGGAUCUGAUGGUUGGUUUUACAACUGCCCAUUUCGGAUUGAUCUUCUUACUUAUGCAGCUAGGGAUGAUGACAGUGAAGGGGAAGUUACCCUUUCUGUUUCUGAUGGUCUUCCACCGAUAACAUCUAUGGAGAAAGAAAGGAAAGAUGGGAAACUAUGGAGAGAGCUUCGUGAUGGACUCCGUCUCAGCUGGAUUGUUGUGAACAAAAAGAUAAAGCAAGCCGCUAAUCUUGCAAGCUGGAGCCCUCUUGGUGGACAGAGGCAUUGGCCGACGGAUAAAGAUUUUGUGAUACGUUUUGGGUCAAUUCUUCCUGCAAAAGAUAUUCUCCCAUGUCAAGUGGUAGAAUGCAUCCUUAUCAUGAAGUUCAGAGUCAUCCAUACGGAGGGAGAAGGUGUUCAGACGACACUGAAAUUAACCGAACUGAGCAUGCAAUUAGAAGAUAUGGAAGGUGCUCAUGUAAAUGGAAGAAACAGUUUACUUAUCCUCAAGGAAGCGCUGAGCUGUCGGCGGAGCAAAAAUUACAGUGAAGUUGUUGAGUCUUGCCAUUUGUACUCAAAAGUACAGAGUGAACUCAAGGAGGAGAAGAUGAGAAAUGAAAGCAGAUUAGACAGACUCUGUAUCUUGAGUGGUAUUACUGUGUUCGCCAUUUUCUGGUUCUACAUUUUGUAAAGUGGACCCUUAGCUGAAGAUGUUCUAACAAAUUACCUUCAACAUUUUUCUACUUGCUUCAUGAAAAAAUUAAUUUUGUUUCAACCAAUAAAAGUUGCUGCAUAUACGCAUAUGUUGCUUUGAGAAA